GAGCCCGCGUGAAUUGGAUGUGCUUCCAGGGGUACGCUGGCUUAGACUCAAAACUCAGUUAUUCUCGAGUCGUGUGUCCGAUAACACUAGGUUCAAGUGAGACUUAGCGUUAUCGAAUGGGAAGGCGAUAGAAAGUUGUUCAGGAAGAGCUUCAGUUGUUAGUCGAAGCAGCGAUCUUGAAAAUGGUACAGGUGGAUUUCCUAACGGCAGGUGCCGUAUUCGCUAUAAUCCUGCUGGUCUACCACUACGUUGCGAAGAAGUACGAAUACUUCCUGCCGAAGCCGAUCCCAUGCAUCAAACCAUCGUUCCUGCUUGGUAGCUCUGGACCGAUGAUGCUCCGCCAGAAGGAUAUUAUAUCACAUGUGCAGUGGCUGUACAACCAGUUUCCGGACUUUAAAGUGGCCGGUUUCUACGAUCUGACGACGCCAAUUUUCAUGCUCCGUAAUCCGGACGUGAUCAAGAAGAUCGGCGUAAAGGACUUUGACUACUUUACCGAUCACACGCCCACGAUGGCUGGCACAUCGGAAAAGGAAGUCAACGGAGAGCAGCUGUUUGCCAACUCCUUGUUUGCGCUGCGUGGUCAAAAGUGGCGGGACAUGCGAGCGACGCUGAGUCCGGCCUUCACCGGGUCCAAGAUGAGGCACAUGUUUGAGCUGGUGGCGCAAAGUGCCAAAUCAACGGCAGAGUACUUCAAGGCAGAGGCUAAGGCUGGCAAGCGGUUGGAGUACGAGAUGAAGGAUACGUUGUCACGGUUUAGUAACGACGUGAUAGCGACGGUUGCAUUCGGAAUCGAGGUGGACUCGAUGCGUGAACGGGAAAAUGACUUUUACGUGAAAGGCAAACAAAUGGUUAAUUUCCAAUCGAUCGUAGUGCUACUCAAGUUUCUGUUGAUAAGAUCAGCCCCUUCGUUGGCGCAAAAAUUAAAAAUCGAUCUUAUUGAUAAAGAUCUGGCGGCAUACUUCAAAACUAUGAUUACUGAUAACAUGAAGCAGCGAGAUGCACAUGGUAUCAUUCGUAACGAUAUGAUCCACAUGUUGAUGGAGGUUCGCAAGGGUGCCUUGAAGCAUCAGAAGGAAGAGAAAGAUACGAAGGAUGCUGGAUUUGCAACGGUAGAGGAAUCCACUGUUGGAAAGUCAAAUCACUCCAGGGUAUGGACUGAAAACGAGCUUAUUGCCCAAUGUUUCCUGUUCUUCCUAGCGGGAUUCGAGACCGUUUCUAUUGCUAUGACAUUUUUAGCUUACGAACUCACUGUUAAUCCAGACGUUCAGAAUCGACUCUACGCGGAAAUAUUAGACACCGAACAAGCACUUGGAGGAAAACCGCUUACGUACGAGGAUCUGCAAAAGAUGGAAUACAUGGACAUGGUAGUGUCGGAAGGUCUGCGCAAGUGGCCACCGGCCGUCGUCUCGGAUCGCUUCUGCAACAAGGACUACAUGUUCGACGAUGGCGAGGGAACACGGUUCGUCAUCGACAAAGGUCAAACUGUAUGGAUUCCCACGAUCGCCAUCCACAACGAUCCCAAGUACUACCCGAAUCCGGAAAAGUUUGACCCGGAACGAUUCAACGAGCAGAACCGUCCAAAUAUCAACUUGGGUGCAUACCUGCCGUUCGGAAUUGGUCCGCGGAACUGUAUCGGUUCGCGUUUGGCCCUUAUGGAGGUCAAGUCCAUCAUGUACUACCUGUUGAAGGACUUUAGCUUUGAACCCAGCGAAAAGACGCAAAUUCCACUCAAGAUGGCCAAAAAUAUGUUCGCCAUGCAGGCGGAGAAUGGGGUGUGGUUGGAGUUGAAACCUAGACAUUAGUUAAACAUGUUACAA